AUGGCCAACGAACCAAUCAUUGACACCUCCACCACCUACAACAUCGACUACACCACCGAUGACAUCGUCAACGCCUGGCAGACCCAGCGUCUCCGGAUGAUCCGGAUCGAGCCCGGCGACAUGCACGUCCGCAAGGCCCUCGCCGUGCUGCAGCAGGACCCCGUCGUCACCGCGCUCGCCUCCAGCGCCGCCCUCCAACCCGUCGGCGGGCCCGACCUCGACUUCGCCAUCGGCGCCAUCUCCCAGGCCCAACUCGGCGUCGCCGUCGCCCUCCUCCCCACCGAGCCCGAGGCCGCUUCCUCCGACAAGCCGGUCAUCGUCGGCAACAUGACGCUCGGCUGGGGCGGCCUCUCCGCGCGCACCGCCCACCACCGCACCGCCAGCGUCGGCAUCACGCUCGCCCGCCAGUGGCAGGGCCGCGGCUACGGCGCCGAGGCCAUGGGCUGGCUGCUCGACUGGGCCUUUGCGCACGCCGGCCUGCACACCGUCUCGCUGACCGCGGCGGCGUUCAACCAGCGCGCGAUCGGCAUGUAUAAGAAGGUCGGGUUCCGCGUGGAGGGCAGACACAAGGAGAGGAUCUUCUUCAACCACGGCUGGCACGACGAGAUUGCGUUUGGCAUCACCGAGGACGAGUGGGCGCUCUUGCGGGGGAGAAAGUGA